AUGCCCAGAGGCGCGUCGCAGUGGGCAAUCGGCAUCCUCGAGCACGCCGCCGGCCAGCGAGAACACGACCAGGAGAGCACCCUAAAACACCUCAUCCAGUUCAGAAUUCCGAAGUCCUUAUGCACGCAAAUCACCACGACCAAGGCCAUCCAUCUACUUUCGAACCACCAUCACAACUGCCGAGAUCUUCAAUCGACUGUAUCCUCCUCUUUCAUAUCGCUGGAAUUCAAGGGCCGACAACUCGAACAAGACGCUCCGAACUUGACGCUGGAGGUCGAGAAGGAACUCGCUCACGGAGACGAUUCUUCCCUCGACGAUUUUACCGAGAAUUCGGGCAACUCAUCCGUUGAGUCAGCGGCUCGAAUCGCGUUUCUCUAA